GCGUCCUCCGAGGAGGCCAGCCGGUAUGUCUUUUCCCAUAGCAGCAGCAGCACUGCCGUCCGUCUCCUAAAUCGGAACAUCCCACUCGGUGCCCCGUCCUCCUUAGCCUGGCCACCCCAGAUCUGCCUGCCAUUUACUGUUUCCCAUUGUCCCGGUCGUGAAAGCCGCUCCAGUCGGGCUAGUGGCGGGCACGUUGUUUGACUUUUUGUUUUCUGAAUACCUACCCAUCCAUCCAUCCGUCUUUCUUCCAUACAACUCUCACUCGAUAUACUUCUCUGGGCAUCGUCCCUUUCUCUCUCGCCUGCCACUUGCUGUUCGUGUCGUCAAGUCUAACUGUGUCUUGUCACUCUCGGCAGCAAACCCAGCGACAAGGACCCCUCUCCCCCCUCCGCAGGCAGUCGGGCGAUAUCUUGACGAUGCAUUUCAAGUCGCAGGAGAGCGGCGGCGCCGCUGUUGCCAACGCCGACCUGCCCAACAAGCCAGAGGUCACUGCCGUCCACUUCACAAAGCAGUCCCCGACACUGCCAUUUGGCCAGCCCAUUGACCUCUCGUCCAUCUCGGGUCCGACCUACGUUACCGGUCAGCUGCUUGUUCAGCAGAUUGCGUACAAGCUCUCGGACAAGAUCUUCUCGUACUCGCCCGAAACAUUCGACCUCGACGUUGCUGCCAAGCAGUGGUCCCAGUCCGGUGAGGCCAACAUCCACGGCUACCCGACGACCGUUGUGCCCCUUCAGACUCGUUCCGGUGCAGGUGCCUUUGCCCUCGGCUACAUCUUCUCGGACGACUUCGACAUCACAAAGAGACACAUCCCUCAGUCAUUGCUAGCCCCGUCUCUCAGUCUCCGCAACCUGAGGGCUGCUCUCGACCAGCUCGCCGUUCUCUAUGGCGUCGGUAGCCCCUUCGUGGCCCACGUUGCUGCUGCUGACUACUCGGUCGAGGACGGGCUCGCCGCUGAGUACAGCACUGCCCUGCAGCUCUCUGAGGAGCUUGGCCUCGCACUGGUGGCCAGCUCGUCCGCCCACGAGAGCCAGCACAUGGCCUUGUUCGCCACUCUGGCAGCCAAGAUCCUGCCUACCCUGCACAUCUUUGACGGAGUUCGCACAUCCCGCGAGACCCUGCGUGUCAUUGACGUACUGAGCGAGGUUGGCGUGGCCAAUGUCUUCAACAAGGUUUCGGAGGCUGCCGCUGGCAUCAAUUUGCGUCUUGACAGCGCCGGCAAGGUUGUUGAGCUGCUCAAGGCCUUCAACGAGGAGCUUGGCACUGACUACGAGCCCUUUGAGUACUCUGGCCACAAGGAGGCCGAGACUGUCUUUGUGGUUUUUGGCAGCGUCGAGGCCCAGCUCGCCAAGCAGGUCAUCACCAAGCUUGCUGAAGGUGGCGCCAAGGUUGGAGCGGUGAAUGUUCGGGUUUACCGGCCCUUCAUUGAGGAGGCCUUCCUCAAGGUCCUGCCUGCUUUGGCCCACUCGGUCGUUGUCCUUGGCCAAGUCGCCAACGAAGCUGCUGUAGCCGAUGCGUCUGUCCAGUCUGUCCUCUACUCAGAUGUCCUGACUGCAGUGUCUUUCUCCAGCCAGUGGAACUCGGCUCCGGCCGUGAUCGACUCCAAGUACGCCGCGCCCAACGCUUUCACGCCGACCAGCUUUGCUGCUACCGUGGACCGCUUUGCCAGCAAGGCCCCUUCCGCUGAGAUCAGCAUCUCCCUGCCUCAGCUUGAGUCGGCCAAUCAGUUCAUCUUCUGGGACGUUGAUGACUCCAAGACCUUGAUCACCCCCGCCAUCAUUGGCGACCUGCUCUCGCGGGACUCCACCAGCAACGUCCAUCUGAGCGAGACAUUCGACAACAUUAUUCAGGGUGGCCUUGUCCGCAGCGACCUGCGCAUUUCCAAGAAGACCCUCGACGCUCCUUAUGCCAUCGAGCAGGCUGACGUUGUUGUCAUCAACGAGGAGAAGCUGCUCAAGGCUGUUGCUGCUUCACAGACCGUCAAGAACGCUGGCAAGCUUAUCCUGAGACUGCCUGGGUUCAAGGAGGAGGAGGUCGAGAAGCGCAUUCCCGCAUCUGUGCGUCGCGAUAUCCAGGCUCGGGGCAUCUCCGUUUAUGUUCUCGACUCUGCGCUCUCGCCCGCGCUCGAGAACGACGCCAUCGCCUCCAGACUGCUGGUCGAGCUUGCUUUCCUCAAGAUUGCUCAGCCUGAUAUUAAGCCUGAGCUGCUCCACAAGCUUUCCGGACUUGAUGGCAACAAGGUUACCCUCGAGGAGUGCAACGACGCCGUCGAGAAGUGCCUCAAGUCGUUUGAGGUGCCCGCUGCUUGGGCCGAUGCUGUCGCGGAGGCUGGGGCGCGUUUGCCGCACGGCAUUAAGGCGACCAGCUUCGUCCCCUUUGUCAAGGAGGAGACUGAGGCUGAGCUCGAGGUCACCGAUUGGGAGUCCACUGCCAAGGGCCUGGUCUUCAAGGAGGCCUACGGCACUCAAUCUAAUCUCCGCCCCGACCAGACCGUCAAGACGUACACGAUCACUGUCAAGGAGAACCGCCGCCUUACGCCGGCCACCUACGACCGCAACAUCUUCCACAUUGAGUUUGACCUCGGCGAGUCCGGCCUGACUUACGACAUUGGCGAAGCUCUUGGUAUCCACGCCGAGAACGACCCGGAGCUGGUUGAGGAGUUCAUCAAGCUCUAUGGACUGGAUGGGAACGCCGUUGUCCAGGUCCCUUCGCGCGAUAGCGCAGCCGUGCUCGAGACCCGCACCAUCUUCCAAUCGCUCAAGCAGAACAUUGACAUCUUUGGCAAGCCUCCCAAGCGCUUCUACGAGGGCCUCGCCGAGUACGCCACAGACGAGACCGAGAAGAAGCAGCUCGUCGCUCUGGGCGCGGCCGAGGGUGCCGAGGACUUCAAGAAGCGCAGCGAGGUCGACACCGUCACUUUUGCUGAUGUUCUCGAGGAGUUCAAGUCUGCGCGCCCCAGCUUCCCCGAGCUCGCGCGUCUCGUCGGUGCCCUGAAGCGCCGCGAGUACUCGAUCGCGUCCGCGCAGGCCGUCACCCCCAACAGCGUCGCCCUGAUGAUUGUUGUUGUAGACUGGGUCGACUCCCGUGGCCGCACCCGCUACGGCCAGGCAACACGCUACCUCUCUCGCCUUCCUGUCGGCGCGACCGUCACCGCUUCCGUCAAGCCAUCCGUCAUGAAGCUCCCGACUCGCGACGACGCGCCGCUCAUCAUGGCCGGCCUGGGUACGGGUCUCGCGCCGUUCCGCGCGUUUGUGCAGUACCGUGCCAUGCAGAAAGCACAGGGCAAGAAGAUUGGCUCGAUCCUGCUGUACCUUGGCUCGCGACACCAGCGCGAGGAGUACCUGUACGGCGAGGAGUGGGAGGCGUACCUGGACGCCGGGGUGGUGACGCUCGUGGGCGCCGCCUUCUCCCGCGACCAGCCGCAGAAGAUCUACAUCCAGGACCGCAUGCGGCAGACGAUGGACGACGUCAUCAAGGCGUACAUCAAGGACGAAGGCAGCUUCUACCUGUGCGGCCCGACGUGGCCGGUGCCCGACGUCACGGACGUGCUCAUGGAGGCCAUCCGCACCGAGGCCAAGGCCAGCGGGAAGAAGGUCGAUGCCAAGAAGGAGAUUGACCGGCUCAAGGAGGAGGGCCGGUACGUGCUUGAGGUGUACUAAGCGCGAGCGGUGGAGGGCAUGUGAAGGGGGGGAAGAUGUGUAUAUAGAAAGAUACGACGAGUAACGAAGCAGCAGAAUGACACUGCCAAGUCGAGUCACAAAUAUAGACAAACAUUAUUGGUUCCUCAU